AUGCACUUUUCAGCCAUCCUAGGUACAGUUGCUGUAGCAGUGAUAUCGCGCCUCUUGUUCAAAACCUACUUUUCCCCCUUGCGAAACGUACCAGGACCGACGGCUGCGCGCUUUACAAAUCUGUGGUAUUUGUUCCGAGUAAAUAAGGGGGACUUCCAAUGGGAGAAUAUAGAAUUACACCGGAGAUACGUGCGAUACGGUCCAAACCGAUACUCCCUGUCCUCGCCCUCUGCGCAGAAAAUCAUCUACGGCCACGGCGCCAAAUUCCCAAAAUCAGCCUGGUACGCCACAUCCCAGAACCCUUCGCCGCAACAAUGGAGUCUCUUCGCCGACCGCUCGAUACAACGGCACGGCGAAAACAGACGGCAAUACCAAAGCACCUACAGCAUGUCAUCGCUCGUGACGUACGAGCCGUACGUAGACGAGUGUACGGCGCUGUUCAGCCAGCGGCUGCGGGAAAUAGCUAGCGCAGGCGCGUACGCCGCCGAUAUGGGGCAUUGGCUGCAGUGCUACGCGUUCGAUGUCAUAGGUUUGAUUACGUAUGCGAAGAGAUUGGGGUUUCUGGACAAGGGCGAGGAUGUGCAAGGUGUGAUUGCGGCGCUGGAGGAUUUUCUGUGGUAUGCGGCUUGUGUAGGCAUCUUCUCGUGGUUGCAUGAAUAUCUUUUUCCGGUGAGGAAUUGGCUUGCGGGACCGCAGGGGACGGGGAGGGCGUAUGUGGGGAGGUUUACGCAGGAGAGGAUCAAGGAGCAUGAGGUUGAACGGAAGAAAAAGGGGAUGUUGCCGGGUGAUGGUGACGCGGCGGAAGAAGAGAGCAGGACGAGCAUAUGUUUUUUGAGCAAGUUCUUUGCGAAGAAUAAGGAGGAUCCGGCGGGUUUUACCAUGUAUCAUUUGGCGGCGGGGUGUGUGUCGAAUAUGGUGGCUGGGUCGGAUACUACGGCUAUCAGUUUGUCGGCCAUUCUAUACUACUUGCUCAAGAACCCGGGGACGUUUGACAAACUACGGCAAGAGGUCGAUGAGAGGAAGCAUGGCGGGUUUUUCACUUUAAAGGAGAGCCAGGAGAUGCCGUAUCUACAGGCGGUUAUGAAGGAAGCACUGAGGUUACAUCCGGCUGUUGGUCUGCCGCUCGAGCGCGUGGUUCCACCUGGCGGAGCAACGAUAUGUGAGCAGUAUUUUCCAGAAGGAACUAUUGUCGGAAUCAACUCUUGGGUCGCGCAUCGUGACACGUCAGUGUUUGGGCCGGACGCGCACCUAUUCAAGCCAGAGCGCUGGCUCAGCUCCGACAAAGAGAGACUGAGUUUGAUGGAGCGAAGCUGGAUGCCGCCAGCCUCUCACACAAACUCCGUCUACCGUAUCUUACGCGCUUUGUUGUCGCCUCAGUGGCUAACUUGGAAUGUGCUCUCACCGCAGUUUGGCCUAGGCUCCAGAACCUGCAUUGGGCGGCACAUAUCGCUUUUGGAAAUGUCAAAGCUGGUUCCUGCGCUAAUUCGCGAUUUCGACUUUACCCUCGACAGCCAGUUGCAGGAGGGAGAGUGGAAGACGGUAGACUAUUGGUUCGUAAAGCCAAAGGGCUUCAAGGUCAAGGUUGCGCUUCGGCAACCAGUAACAACUUGA